AUGGCGUUGCCCCUGCAGGACGUCGCCGCCCGCGCCGAGCUCCGCGGCAACGCGGCGCCGGCCUCGCCGCCGCCGACGCAGCUCAUGGAAUGGCUCUCGUCGUCGGACAGCAGCGGCGCCGAGGAGGCGGGCGACCCUGACAGGAUCCCGGCGGCGGUGUUCGAGCGGGACCCGUCCGAGUCCAACAAGGACUGGAGCAUGAUGUCCACGGAGUCGGUGUUCGGCCUCCAGGUCGCGCCGUCCAGCGACUUCACCGGCUUCUUCCUCGCGCACCCGGAGCUCAUGGACAUCGCCACGCCGCCGCGCAGCAGCAGCGCCGCCGUCGUCCUUGACGCCGACGCCAAGGCCGCCCCUGUCAUCUCGCCGCCCUUCGAGAGCAUCCCGGAGCUCCCCGAGAGCGCCAUGAAGGGAAACUACUCCUUCGCCUUCCCAAACUUGAUAGAGGACAAGAGGAACUAUUCCAAGAAGCAGUCUCACCGGGAACACCAGCCGGAGCCAGCAGCACCAACGGAGGCGGCCAAGGCCGCGCCAGCACCGGCGGAAGCUGAAGCCAAGGCGGAGGCGCAGCCGGAGACAAGGAGCAAACCGGAGGCAGCUCCGGUUCCGGGAGCAGGAAAGGGCGGAUUGUUCUCAUGCUUCCCCUGCUGCUGA